CUGUGCCCUCCUCCUCCAUUCACUUGCAAAUCACUGUGUUUGGCACAUCCAAAUUUCACCCUCCCUCUCCAAACACUCGCAUCUCGCCUCCACACCUUCCUGACUCGUUCCCAAAGCCUCCUCACAUUGAGCACUGACUGCAGCCUCAUCAGCAGCAAUCUGCUCUCCAUGUGUGAGGGACGUUUCUUAUUAAUCAGGGGGUGCUGAACGGGAAACCAAUCAGAUAAAGGGUACCUUUGGCUUCGGUUUCCAAGCUGCCUAAGUUAAAAGUGAUGCGGAGGGAGAGAAAGCCCUGAGUACAGAGAGAGAUCACUGGAGCUAACUGCUAACGCGCAGCAGAGACGAAGAAGGCACCAGAGAGGCUGCGGACCAGCACAGCACUAAGCAAAGCUGCCGUCACUUUCACUGGAGAGAGAAAGAUCGUUUGAAAAAGGAAUACAACAUUAUUUGCUCGGGGUUUUUUUCUGGCUAAAGCAAGAGACGUAUUGAGCCUAGCGGACUCUUUGCAGAAGGAGCAAACGAUGAGAACUAGCUACUGCUUGUCAUUUCUAAUCUGGACUUGUAUGAUUCACGAAGUCCACACUUCACCAUCGCCGAAAAGGACUAACAUGUAUUUGCAAACUGAACGGAUAAUGGGCUUGUCUAAGGACCACGGAAAAGCACUUCAUCGAACCAAGCGAGGAUGGAUGUGGAAUCAGUUUUUUUUACUGGAAGAAUACACCGGUCCAGAUACUCAGUAUGUAGGCAAGCUGCACACUGACCAAGAUAUGGGAGAUGGAAAUUUAAAAUACAUAUUAACAGGAGAAGGGGCUGGCAGUCUAUUUGUUAUAGAUGAAAAUACAGGAGAUAUUCAUGCAGCAAAAAAGCUGGACAGAGAAGAAAAGUCCCUGUAUGUGCUACGUGCCAAGGCUAUAGACCGAAAGACUGGAAGACAAGUGGAGCCUGAAUCGGAAUUUAUCAUUAAAAUCCAUGAUAUCAAUGACAAUGAACCUAAAUUUACCAAGGACAUUUACACGGCCAGUGUUCCUGAGAAGUCCAGCGUUGGUACUUCUGUUAUCCAAGUGACCGCUACAGAUGCUGAUGAUGCUAACUAUGGCAACAGUGCCAAAGUUGUUUACAGCAUCCUUCAGGGCCAGCCGUACUUCGCAGUGGAUCCCGAAACAGGCAUCAUCAAGACUGCUUUGCCCGAUAUGAGCCGAGAAAACCGAGAGCAGUACCAAGUGGUCAUCCAGGCAAAAGACAUGGGCGGCCAGAUGGGCGGAUUAUCAGGAACCACAACGGUGAACAUCACGCUGACCGACGUCAAUGACAAUCCACCUCGAUUCCCCCAGAGCACAUAUCAGUUCAGCUCCCUGGAGUCUGCACCACUUGGAACUUUGCUUGGCAGAAUAAAAGCCAAUGACCCUGAUAUGGGUGAAAACGCUGAGAUUGAGUACAGCAUAGCUCCCGGCGAUGGAUCGGACGUCUUUGAUAUCAUCACUGACAAGGACACACAGGAAGGGAUUAUAACUGUCAAAAAGCAAUUAGAUUUCGAAAAGAAGAAUCUAUAUGCCCUAAAAGUGGAGGCAACCAAUGUUCAUCCUGACCCGCGAUUUUUCUACCUGGGACCGUUUAAGGACUCAGCCUUGGUCAAAAUUUAUGUGGAAGAUAUCGACGAACCGCCAGUGUUUAGCAUACCUUCUAAUUUACUAGAAGUAGAUGAAGAUGCCAGGGAAGGUAGUAUCAUUGGGCAAGUGGUAGCUCAGGAUCCGGAUGCAGCAAGGAACAUAAUAAAAUAUACUUUGGAUCGGCACACUGAUUUGGACAGAAUAUUCAACAUCCACUCAGGAAAUGGGUCCAUAUUUGUCUCAAAGACGCUUGACCGAGAAGCGGCCCCAUGGCACAAUCUCACUGUCAUAGCAACUGAAAUCAGCAACCCCAAGCAAAGUACCCAGGCUCCCAUUUUCAUCCGGAUUUUAGAUAUAAAUGACCACGCACCAGAAUUUGCCAAGUACUAUGAAACUUUUGUUUGUGAAAAUGCAAAAGCAGGACAGCUCAUCCAAACCAUUAGUGCUGUGGACAAGGAUGAGCCACCACGUGGACACAAAUUUUUUUUUGAGCUGGUGCCAGAAUACACAGUCCAUCCGAACUUCUCCAUCGUGGACAACAAAGAUAACACAGCAGGUGUCAUAACAAGAAGGAAUGGAUACAGCCGGAAUAAAAUGAGCACCUAUGUCCUGCCAGUAGUAAUAUUUGACAAUGACUACCCCAUCCAAAGCAGCACUGGCACACUGACUAUCCGGGUGUGCACCUGUGACAGCCGAGGGAACAUGCAGUCUUGCAAUGCUGAAGCUUUGCUCCUUCCAGCGGGUCUUAGCACAGGAGCACUCGUUGCCAUUCUGCUCUGCAUCGUGAUUCUCCUGGUUUUAGUCGUGCUGUUUGCCGCAAUGAAGCGGCAGAGGAAGAAAGAGCCCUUGAUCAUUUCCAAGGAUGAUGUCCGAGACAAUAUUGUGACCUAUAAUGAUGAAGGAGGUGGCGAAGAAGAUACUCAAGCCUUUGACAUUGGCACGCUAAGAAAUCCCGAAGCCAGAGAAGAAAGCAAAAUGAGGAGAGAUGUGAUGCCAGAAACUAUCUUCCAGAUAAGGAGAACUGUGCCACUGUGGGAGAACAUUGAUGUCCAAGAUUUUAUCCAUCGAAGGCUAAAGGAAAAUGAUUUGGAUCCAACGGCACCUCCUUACGAUUCUUUAGCAACAUAUGCGUAUGAAGGGAACGAUUCUAUAGCAAAUUCGCUUAGCUCUUUGGAAUCACUCACUACAGAUGGUGGCAACCAAGAUUACGAUUAUCUCAGUGACUGGGGACCUCGGUUUAAAAAGUUGGCAGAUAUGUAUGGCGGAGAUGAGAGUGACCAAGACUGACAUCCCGAUUCAGAGAUUCCAAGCGCAGAUGAAAGGUUCCAUGUGGUGAGCCAGAUUUGCCCCAUCCUUCUCAAUGACAAUGGCUCUGUGUGUCCAGCCCCAAUAAAUAUCUGCAGAGCAUUCCUCAAGGUUGUAGAGAAUGGGAGCAGUUCUACAUAGAAGGAAGGGGCAUGUGUGCUUACACUGGAGACCGGGCAACCUUGGAUCAUGGCCUAAUAAUAGCAUUUUGUGACUUGGUCAGUGUUGAUGGGAUUAAUGCCUCUGUAUCUAGAUAAAAGUGGCCUACAUUCUCUUACUUGGAAAAAUACAAAAAUAGGUGUUUGUCUUAGUAAGGGUUUGCUUAACAAGUCUACGUGAAUGAAACUGGUUAGAUUUUAUAAUUGCUAUUUUAAGACAAAACUAUAUUUCACCCUCUCUGCCUAAGAUGUUGGAAAGAAGAUACUCAGCACUUAUGAAAAGAUACCUAAAAAGGCUUUUUGUGCCUUUAAUAAACAAGUUGGAAAGUAUAACUUUUUUUCUAAAGGAACACUUUGCUUCACUUUUCCUACGACUGUCUGGGACAAUAUGUACCCAUCUUAUAAUCUGAUUACACCUUAAAAAUAAGAAUGAAUAUUACUGCCAUAUUUAUUGAGUAAAAGAAUGUCUGUGUGUCGAUUCAUGAUAUUUUUA